AUGGGCUGGAGUGCCCGCGUUGUUGAUCUAGAGGCUGACAAAAAGGACAAGGAUAACCGCUUAAAGAUCCUUGAAGUGGAGAACUCGGCCCUUCAAAACGAGAACAAAGAAAUCAAGAAGGAUAUGAAGGAAAUGAAAAGGAGGAACACAGUCCUGGAGAAAAAAGUCAAGGAGGCGGACAAAACUAUUGAGUCCCUCAAAGCUCUUUGGACUUCAAAAUUCGGCGCAAUUCCUGAUGCAGAUGGCGGCGGCAAUCAAUCUCCUGUUCCAUCCAACGCUCCAUCACCGGCCCAGCUCCCACCUGUGGCUUCUCCUGUGGCGUCUCCUGCCAACCCACAGGACUCGGCGCAAGCUCAAGGGCAGUCACCGAGAAGAUCGCCCCGAUCACGCCAAGCGCCUUCCAGAUUAAGCUACGACUCGUCCGACUCAAGCGCUAAAAAAAAGAGGAAAAGUCCUAGCAAGAAAUUUUGGAACCAAUACAAAAAAUUGAUUGCAAAGGGUGAAAAGGUAUCCGCUCAGUGCAUCAAAACCGGGAAUGAACUGGGAGCAGAAACAGAGAAAGCAAAGCGGUAUUACAACGCAAAAGUGAGACGCGCUCAUUCUAUUUCAUCUUCAGGAAGCAGUUCAUCUUCCUCUCCAUCUACGUCAAGAAGGCCACCAACAUCUUCUCCUCGUCAAACUCCUUCUCCAAAAUCUCCCCGGUCAACUUCUUCACCCAAGUCCACCAGGCGCGCCUCACCAAAAGAUCCGGGUCGCCGAAAAAAACCCUCCUCCGCAAGCUCAUCGUUCCAAAAUUUUUCAUCAUAUCAAGCAUCCCCGAUUAAUGACGCUGUAUCUGCUCAAAGUUCUCCUCCACAAGUCCCCAUCGCCUCUCCUGCACAAUCAUCGUUUUUGUUGCCCGGUGCUGCACGUGCUGUGCCUGGUACAGGUCCAAGGUGGUCAUCUGUUCAAAGGAGGCUAUCUUUCUCCAACACGGAUGCUGCCGCUGCCC